ACUCGCUCGCCCCGUCUUGUCCUCCCUCUCCUCCGCUCCAAAAGCAACCAGAAGCUAUUCGCGUUUAGGCUACAGGCGGAGUUUUUGAGAACUGGGAAGAAAUCUGACAAACUUUGUUGAUCCCAACGUAGCCUAAACGGACCGCAGCGCUUCACUGCCAGUCGUUAUAGGGACAUCGAUUAGUUUACUGUGUAUGUCGACUUCAAUUUAAAUAAAUUACAGUUCCUCUUUUCAUGGAAUAUGAAGAACAACGUCAGGAGGAUGAGAUCUUGACCGAAUCAUGCAUAGAUCUUUCUUUCUUUUUUAUCAAACAUCACGUUGUCUGUCUUGUUUAAAGCGCGGUUAGGACGGAGCGGUUUUUGCAUAUUUCUUUUUUCUUCCCGUCGUUUUUUAAAAUUAGUGUUGUUUAAUUCAAACGGACAUGGCUAACUGAUAGAAUAAACUUUUUUUGUGACGUGGGAAGUAAAUUUGAAUUGAAUAUGAAAACGUAACUUUUCCAUUUAAACCAAUAUUGAGUUUUACCACUUCGCCAACUCUCUCGGACCAUUAGUCUAUAACCAAUGUGGUGUCAACUUGAAGGACGCGUGGUCCGGAUCUCACCUAAACGUUGAUACGUGUUGGGAGUGAUGCACUGGCUUCCCCUGGUUGCCAUGGUGAUCGCCUCGGCCCUGCCCUUCCCUCACAGCCCUGUGACCAGUACUGUUGCUGCGAUGACGGAGCCCGGCAGUAGCCUGGACAACCACACAGAGGACAUCGAUGACUCUUCCAGUCGCUCCCCCGGAUCUUACUCCACACGUCCAGCUCCUCAGGCCUCUGUGGACUACAACUCCCACAGUAAUGCUUCACUCAAGGACUACAAUGUGACUGCUGAUUCUGGAAGAGCAGACAGUACAAAACGCCUCAGCGUGACGGGUGUCAAGAAAGACUACAAUAACCCCUCCAUAAUUAAUGAGGAGGUGAAAACUUUGAAAGGGAAGCGAAAACAACAAAGUUAUCUGUCAAAAAGCAAUUUUCCUACAGAAAACACGAACAGCGUUGGUUUAAAUAAAUAUUCUAACACUGAUGGAGGAAAACUCAGGAGCACCAAUGGCAGCAGUCAUCAGGACUACCCCUCCCAGGAGAACUAUGUACUAGGGGACUAUAAACCAGACAGCAGCAGAGCUGGUGAUGACAGCAGCUUUAGAGACAUGGCUCAGAAGGAAAACCAUCAUAACUCUCUAGACCCCAGGACCGAUGAACAGGAUCUCAGACCUCCCAACAUGUAUGUGGUGGAAACUUACAAACCUUCCACUAAUGCUGGAUACCACAGUAAAACUGAGCCAGAUCGCUCCAGUCAGAGGACCCCGCAGAGAGCAGAGGCUAGGACAGAGAGCAGUGAUAACAGGGGAGAGGAGAGGAGGGAGGGUGGGCCUGGGGCAGUGGCUGGGAAAGGUCCAAAUCUGUCAGAGGAAGGAAUGGAAGUAGGACUAGGGUUAGGGCUGGGUCAGGGGCUGGGAGGUGUAAAGGAGAAGCAAGAGCUGCUGUUUUUAGAUGCACACCCGCGGGUCCUUUUCUCUUCCUCUCCUCCAGAGCACCCGCCCCUCCUCCUCAUGCUGGAGUCAGGCAUGUUGCCCAUAGAAGGAGAGGACAAGGAGGAGGAGGAGGAGGAAGUGUCGGACGCAGACGGACACAUGGAGGGUCAUGGGGACAGAGAGAUGGACAGGAGUGUGCCGCUGAGCUGGGUGGACACUCUCAGGGGGGCCAGGGAGCCCCCCCUCCCCGCCCCCAGGCACAAGCGCUCGCACUUGUCCCACACCAGGCGGGGUGAGAUGCCGGUGUGCGAGUCGGAGAGUGUGUGGGUAACGGACAAGACGACGGUCAUCGACGAUAGGGGUAAAACAGUCAACAUCGUGCCAGAGAUCAAGACAGUCAAGGGGGCGCUGAAGCAGUACUUCUAUGAGACUCGCUGCCUCCAGGAGGGGCAGCAGAGGGGCGGUGGGCCGCAGCGGGAGGCAGGGGGGGCAGGGGCCUCGGCAGCAGGAACAGGGACAGGACCCGUAGGUGUGUCCGGGGCCAGCUGCCGGGGUGUGGACAUCAGACAGUGGGUGAGUCAGUGUAAGGCCAAGGACACAUAUGUCCGAGCCCUCACUGUUGACAACAACGGUCUGCAGGGCUGGAGGUGGGUCCGCAUCAACUCGUCCUGCGUGUGUGUCCUACUGUCCAGAGUAACCAGGAAAAACAGAGGAAGGGAGUGAGGGCAGGAGAUGGAGGAAAGGUGGAGAGGAUAAUGUGGAAGAAAUGUUAACACAGAUAAUGCUUGGGACAUUGGAUGUAAUGUCAGUGAGACAGUAGGUGUUACUUUAUAGGCCAGGGUGCCUCUUAUCCAGAGCGACUUACAUUGGUGCAUUCUUCGUAUGAUAGUUGCACUCUUACAAAAAAGGGUUCCAAAAGGGUUCUUCUGCUGUCCCCAUAGGAUGACACUUUUUAGUUCUAGGUAGAACCCUUUUUGAGGUUCUAUGUAGAACCCUCUGUGGAAAGGGUUCUACCUGGAACCAAAAUGGGUUCUUCAAAGGGUUCUCCAAUGGGGACGGCCAAAGAACCCUUAGGUUCUAGAUAGCACUUUCUUUAACGAGUGUAGGCGAGACAACCCCUCCACCCAUCACGGGCUCAGUGAGAGUGACUACACAAAAACAAUAAAACCUCAACAAUACAACUUAGGGAAAACUAUCAUAUCAAAAUAGCGAUUUUAGAAAAGUACUGUUUGUUUCAUAAUUGUCUUCAUGUCAUACAUGUUAUUGCUGAGUAAUACUGUAUGUAAGCAUGAGUUUUAAAUUAAUAUAUUUCUUUAUAUAUGUGUACAAUAUGUGAUCAGUAUGUUUUUAUGUAUGAAAGUAUGUAUAUUUAUAGAGAAAGGUAGGUGGAAUGAUAGGUUUGUUGUUGUUACAUGAUUCCAGCCUCUGGCCUCUGCUCUGAAUGGGAGAGGAAGGGACUGGCAGCAGCUAGUGAUUUAGCCUGAUACUGCUCAACACUCCAUACUGAGCACUGACCAUCCCCAGUCCUCCUUUGUGAAGUCUCACAGAGAACAUUAUCACCGCUUUAAUAGUAAGAUAGAGAGGAGAAUUGAGCCAUGUAUACUGUGAGCACAAUGCUGGGUGUCAUCAUGAUGCCCAUACUGUUGUCAUGAGAGCAACAGUCCAUUUACAGUGUAGCCAGUCAUAUGUGAUCAGAACAUUUGAGUGACCAAUAGAAACCAUGCAGCAGUGUGACAACCACAGAAGCAUUUUAUCUCUAUCUCUCCCUGUAGUUAGAUCAUUAGAUUGAAGAAUUCCAUUCGCCUCAGUUUGCAGUUUGAACUCUGCACUCUAUAGUAUAUGCAGUACAUAUUUAUACAUCUGGAUUUUUGUAAUACAUGUAUGUAUAUUGUAAAGGCCUGUUUCUUAUUCCAUAAGUAAAAGAUAAACUAUUAUAACUUAUUUUAUCAUGAUUUUUAUGCAUAAUGGUCUUUCCCGGCAAGUGUCAAUGGUGUGAUCUAUCGGUGUGUGUUGUCUCUCUUUCUGUCAUAUACACAUACAGUAUAUACAUGCUGAACAUUCUUCUCACAAAUACACAAACCACUGCCUCUCCUCCCCUUACACACUCUCCUGUUGUCUACACACGUGCCAACCCCAGGUACACAAAGUGAGAACACACACAUUGGGAUGUGUUGUACCACGAGUCCACUUUAUUUAGUCUUUUUAUCACUAUAAUCUUCAUUACUGUUUCAUUUGCAGGUGUUAUUUUCAAUUUGUAUUAUCAUCUUUGUCAUUCAUAUUUUUUUUCCAAUCAUAACACAAUUUGUUUUCAAAAUGUACACAUACAGUAGCAUAUUUUAUUGACCAUUUUUAAUGUUUCAUAUUUACUUUUCAAAUUAGGUCAAAUUAAAUGAGUAAGAAUUAAGUAUUAAAUGAACAUGUACAUACAAUUAUUCAAUACAUACAUACAUAACGAAAAUAAAUAUAGUUAUCAUAAAAACAUAAAAAUAAAAAUACACACAUUUUACAAAUUGUUCCCCAGGCUUUCAUCCUCGUAGGUUAGAUUUCUACAGAUAUAUGUGUAUCAUCUUCACCCCCCAAAGUUGACUUCAUUGUCAUCUUGGUUGUUUGACAUGCAUCGUAACACAGAAGCUAAAGGUUUUUCUUGACUUCCAUUAGUCUCUUUUUCUCUCUUCCUGGAUCUGCUUAUCAUCCUUCCUCUCUUGGUUUCUGUUAUGGCUGCGUGCAGUAAAUGAAUCGUCUCCAUCCUCUUUUCUUCUGGUCACUUUGACUGUUUUAUCUCGCCUUCGUCACACCUCCAUCUUUCCCCUCGUCUUUCAGGGGCACCCAAUGAACCUGAGCUGAUGAUGAGAGCUGUAAAGUCCACCACAUCUAGAAAGCCAUUACCCUGGGCUUUGUACUAGACCUGCAGUAUGUAACCUGGCUUCAACAACAUGUCCCCCCACUCUAAUUUAGCUGGCUUUAGUGGAUACCUACAAAUGACUAAAUGACAUCACAGCUGUAUGGCCCCUCCAUCCCAUCGUAUCCUUGCUGCUGUGUGCCCCCCAUCC